CAAACAUAUACCACACCGUUUUAGCAAGGGCUUACUAUACCUUUAUUGUGUGGCAAAUGCAUUAUGAAUGAACCCAAUCAACCUGAGGAAUAUGAUCCCAAAGAAAUUUUCAACGGAGAACCCCCGGUAGAUACACAGAAUGGCCCAAUAGAUGAUACGUUCGGUGCGUCAAUACCAGCCAUUUCCACGCAGCCGGGGCAGUAUAUGCAGUACUGUCUGGAUUGCGGCCAGGCGGUGCCGUGUAUCUUUGGGUGGGUUAUAUUCUCAUACGUAUUUAUCGCAUAUAUCUACGCGUUGGAAACGAACUUAACUGAGGACGAUCCGCUUGGACAGAGA